AGUUAAGGUAAGAAACAAACUUAAGAAAAAAAGAUAAGAAAAAACUUACGAAUAAAAACGGUGCGUUUCACGAAAGUGUUCGUAAGAAAGUUGUUAUCUUAAGAACUUCUUAAUUUACGAUUUUUUUUUUUUUAUCACUCUUAUAUAGAUGAGAUAAAAUAAUUCAUGACAACGUAAACUUCCGGUAGUAGUGUUUUGUCAGUAACUUUUUGUUAACACUUUGUAGCACACUCAUAUCUACAGAAUAAAGCGUGUAAGAACUAUUCAAAAACGUUAGUAUCGAUCGUUAAUGUUGAACGCAUAUUUUUGGCACGUUCUACUUGUCGUCUGCAAUUAUGCCGCUGCGUUACGUCAGUAAAGCUAAAUGACAGCAGACAUGGCAAUGGAAACGAAAAAGAGGAAGGCCAACUGGAAUGAAAAUGAAUUGGAAGUGUUAGCAGACGCUGUGGUGUGCGACAUUAACAUUAUCAGAGGGAAAUUUUCUUCCUCAUUAACCCAUGAAAAGAAACAGAGUGUAUGGAUGAAAAUAACAGAAAAGAUCAACGCUGUCAGUACUGCAGGAAGGUCUGUAGAAGAAGUUAAAAAAAAAUGGCACGACAGCUUAAGCACUGUUAAAAAGAAAGAGAGCAAUCGAUUGAAAUCAAUGAGAGAAACUGGUGGUGGACCACCAUUGGAAGUCAUAUUUAAGCAAUGGGAGUUGUCAAUUUUACAGACACUUUCACCAACCGCAAUAUCAGGAAUUCCUGGUGCUGUCGAUACAAGUGAAGAAAGUGUUCCAUCAGUGCAAGCUGUUCCAUCAGACAUCAACAACAAUGACAGUGUGGAAGAAACAACAGUGUACAUUUGUGAAUCCGGGCCCAGCUAUGAAGAUAAUGCAUUAGGAGACCCAACUACAGAAUCAAAUGUUCCACAUAUUUCAAGCGGAAAAAAGAAUAAAAGGACAAUGGAUAAUGAAUUCUGUGAGGACAUUUUGAAAUUGAAGAGAGAGAAAUUGAAAAAUGAGAAGAUGUAUCAUGAAAAAAUCAUACAAUUAGAACAAACAAAAAUUGAACUAUUGUGUGAAAAUUCGAACUCACUCAAAUCAAUUGAAAAACAUUUAAGAAACGACUCGCCCAUUUCUGUAUCACCUAUCAUAUCAUUGGAACAUUUUUAAUACAUAUUCACAUAUAAAUGAUUGCAUAGCAUACAACAGUAAGUUAUGUUAUGUAUAAUCAUAAAAUGUCAUUUAUAUACUUGUAGGAAUGAGU